GGCACUGCUCAGUCAAUUGUCCUUGCUGGUGAGACAUUUGAUGCCAACACUAAGGCAGGACAUUGUGGAACACAUGAGCACAGAACUGGAAGUGUGCAAAGACUUUGUCUUAUCCCAUUCCCCUGACUUGUUUGAUGUGAGCAGUGCAAGUAAAUAUCAAAAUGUAAGCGAUUGACAGAAUAUUAACUUUUUAACACAAUAGUUUAGAAGUAAUGUAAGUUAUUCAAUAAACUAGAUCGGUGUUAAAGACCUGAUGUCAUAUAUUUACAGUUAGAUUGUACUAAUCACUUCAUAUAUAUAUCAUAAUAUACUCAGUCAAACAAGACGACUGCUUCAAAAAGCUGCUAGUGCCUUCCUCUUUAAAGCAUUUUAAAGAUUUAAAAAAUCUCCCCCAAAAGUGGUCUGAAAUGUAUUCUUUGUGUAACUUUCAGCAUCUUCUAAAUCAACUGUGGGACUCUCGAACAUGUCGCAACUAUCAGUUUUGGCUCGACUGGCCCCUGCCUGGGGAAGAUGGGUCCAGCAGGGAAGAUAACUUGGUAAGGAACAGUAGUUACUUUGAAUAUUGAAUAAGCUGAUUAUAGAUGUAAUGUAGGAUGUAUAUUAUUUAAUAAGUAACAUUUAAUUUUAUAUUAAACUGUAUUAAGGCAAAACUUAUAAACCAAUCUUGAGAAAUAUUUUAUAGGGAUAUUUAAGGGGCCAAAGCAGUAACACUUUGAAUGCUCCAAUGAGGGGUCAAUGGAAAGUGCUUAACACACUUCUGAUGUAAGAAUUAUAAAUAUAAGUGGCAUAAAAACUUGUCAAAGAAAAAUCAAGGUCACACCAGAGAUUGUCUGAUCAUAACAGUCAUAGCCAAAGCUUAGAGCUCCUGAGGGCUUAAUCAGGCGACUCUCUUGGCUCUUCCCCUAACAUUAGUCGGCAUAGAUAAAUAUCAGAAUAGGAAUUAAACAUUGAAUUCAAGUUGGAAAAAAAUUAGUCUUCAUGGGUAAAUAGAGAAUUAUCAAAAGACUGAUGACCUUAAAUACAAAAUAUUGACAACUUUUUAACCUCUUUCUUCUUCUCGACAAAUUAGGGCCCGGCAAUGUUUCACAGAGCCCCAGUGUCCAGAUUCGCCAUGCAUCUCUUAACAAGCAACUCAACCUCGGCAUCCAUUUCACUUGUGCCACUACACAUCUCAUUGGGAAGACUGGAGGAACAGACGCAGCAGGUCAAUCUCAUGUCCAGGCACCUUUGGUGUCACAGUGCCACUCUAUCCAGUCCCCGUUUUGAUAUCAGGUAAAAAUUAUGUCUUUCUUGCCCUGAAAAUAUUUGACUUUGCUAUCUGCCUAGCUAUUUUAUGGAGCAUGACCAUUGUUACCGCAUAGAUUAUUGUAUUAUAGUUUUUCUUCACUACAUCCUAAUCACCACUUUUUCAUCCUGCACAUAAAUAUAUUGGAAGUAUUACAGAUUAAUUCAAGUUUAAAGAAUUGAUGAUGAAAUUAAAUGAAUAUUUAUAAAAAUAUGAACUUAAAAAAAUUAAUCUAGGCAAAAAUUUGAAUGUUGUAUCUGGGAAUCCAUUUCUUUUACCACAUCUUUUAGAAUGAAAAUGCUUCUAAAAAAACUGUUGAUAUUUAAUAACAUCAGGUACUUGGAGAAGCUAUUCCUUAUCCAGGCAUUCAAGAAACUCAUGGAAGCUCUUCAUCCCUUGUUGCUUUCUGAGGAGGAGACAUCAUGGAACGCUGCCUUAGCAAACUUACAAUCUUCAUGUGGGGAUAACAUUGCAGCCUUGAAAGAACUCCAAAAUGUCUUUGAGACAAGGUCCUUUGUUUUGACCAGGCAGAUUGCAGAAGAGGUGUCCAGUUGCUUUAAACUUUUGAAGGAAGCUUUAGACGCAAAUGACUCUGACCUCAUGGUGCCUGCUGUGGGUCACGGCCUAGUCUCUGUUGGCUUAGUUUUGGCUCAUCUCCUGUCACCAAAAGGACCAGUGGAUCCAGUAGAGAAGGCCGGACUCAAGCAGAGACAUUUUGUCAAAGAGGUAAGCUAGCUUUUUUAAUGUCUUAUAGAUCAAACAGAGCCUUCAAAGUCAAUGCAGUAAGGUACAGCAAGUGGACCAAGCACCUUGUUCUUUUAAUAUUUAAAAACAAAAUAGCUUUGAUUAAAAUGGGCUAAAUAUUAGCUUUAUUAAUUUUGAACUUUGAAAUAAAUUUCCAACUAAACUUUUUUGUUUAAAAAAACAAAAAACAAUGUACAUUUAAAUGAAUCAAUAGUUUUUAAAAAAAAAUAGUGUUUAUUGCUGUUACAGCUUGAAACUGCUCAUUCAAACUUUGUCAACAAAUAAUUAAAAAUCAUAACUCUACACGCCAUGCUGGUCUUACCUCUGCAGGCUGCUGAGGUAGAUACUGAACUGGAUACCUGGAGUAUGUACCUGGACAUGACCACUGGAAGGAAGUUGUCUGAAACACCAGCAGAGCAUCUGCAUCCCAGGGUAACAGCACUCUUACAGAGACGUCAGGUUUUGAAAGACAUGAUAUCAAACUUGGAGAAGUGCAGCGCUUAUAGGCCUGAUCAAGUACAGGUGAGUAAAGAACAUUAAAUUUUAGAUUUUCAUUAGAAAAAUUUCAAGAACUAUUAAAUAUAUUAUUAUGGAAGGGUUGGAGUUGAUUAUAUAAGUAUUCCUUUACUAAUUAUUAUAUUGCAUUUUCAUUUUUUUAUAACUUUUUUUUGGUUGUUUUUGUUGGAAUUUGUAUUAUUUCUCUUGCUACAUUCUUUUUAAAAAAAACAAUUUGUUUCCAUCUUCCAGUACAACCAACUUUCUCAAGCCAUCAGCAAUUUUAUGGACAACACCUGCUCUACUAGUAGAGUUCUUGAUUUGGUUACCAAGUUGAAGUUGACAUCAAAUCCUAGGACUUUGCAAGGGGAAGCCACUCUGGUAACAAGUCUGCAAGAAGAAAGAGUAUGGCAAGAUACCACAUCCCGUUUUCUCAAGCAAGUCCAGCAGACCUUUGAGUGUUACAGGGAUAUCGUGCUGCCUUUUGUUGCCUCUGUUCAUAAAGUGAGUCAAUGCUAGCAAUCUAUUCAUAAAGUGAGUCAGUGCUAGCAAUCUGUUCAUAAAGUGAGUCAAUGCUAGCAAUCUGUUCAUAAAGUGAGUUAAUGCUAGCAAUCUGUUCAUAAAGUGAGUCAAUGGCAGCAACUCAGUUCCAAAUUUGAGCGUAAGUCUGCAACAAUCAUCUGUAGUAUCUAAAUAAAAUUAAAUAUAAUGUAUCGCUUAAUUAAUGGCAUUAAGAAGUAAUUUAAAAUUAUUUGUUUACAGAUCAAGUUUGGCAUGCGCCUAAUGGCUCAACAUGUUGACUUAGUCCUAAAGGCUAACAAGGUAACAUAAUUUUUAUACUUGAUUUACCAUUCAGAUUCUUUAUUUCAUUUUCAAUAAUUGAUUGAUAGAUUUAUUUCGGUUAAUCCUGAGAAAAAAGUGUAACUACUAAUUUGUCAUUUGUCUGUGACAAAUUUUCAAAAUUUUAUAAAGCUUUAAAAAUAUUCAGAUGCAUUAAAGUUAAAAAUGACCUUUUUGGAAUGUCGUUAAUAUAGACAAUGAAAAAUAUCAUAUUUUCAAAAAAAGGCAUUAAACUAGAUAGUUAAUAGGCGACAUUUAAUUACCAUUUGACUUUUAUAUUUAAUGACAGUUUGGAUCCACUCAGAAAAUGACUAGUUUAGUUCAAAGGCUUUGUUCCUUCCCAACCAUCGCCUCUCCUGCACCUGAUCUCUUGAGCCUGGCCAACCAGUUGUCCACUGAUAUCAUUUCAACAAUAGACAGUUGUAAGGAGGACAAAGAAAGCAACGAUCACACUGUCAAAUCAAGGUAGAUACAUUUUAUAUUUGUUGUGUCUUGCCAGUCAGUUCUUUCAGCAAUGUCGAGAAUCUUUGAUUUAAUUAUUUUUAAUAACGGUAAAAAACAAUUUUUAUCAUUUGAACUCAAGUCAAAUAUAAGUUUUUCUUGUUGAAGUGAAGGCAAGGUAGGAAAAUUUCUGUCAAACCUUAUGCCAUGAAUAUGUUUGAUCAGUUGCAAUGAAAAUAAUGUAACCUAACUGGUCUAUUGGUACAAAGAGUUGAAUAUAUAUAACAUGUUCCCUAUCCCAGCAUUGAUUCCUUGAAUCCUUUUUUUUUUUUUGCAUACCCCAAAUGCCUUUUUCUUCUUAUCACUUCUUACCAUUCACAAUUUAUGUCACAUCCAUAUGUCCCAUGAUGCUACCACCUCAGUCAUGAUGGUUUCAUCUGUUUCUUAUAACAGGCUCCUUUUGUGUGCCUUGAUCCUCCUGAAAGCUCACAGUUUAACAUCAGGCCAAAUGGACCAGGAUAUGAUCGGCGUGCUGUCUCGUGUCCUGGACCAGUUCACCACAGCCUGGCUUGAACAGGAGGAGAGGAAGAGGCUCAAGGAAGCUGAGGAGGCAACAUAUUACAAAUACAAGGACCAGGUCCAUGGAGAUGAGAGAUCAGAGAAAGAAAGAGAGGAGGCUGAUUUCAAAGCUUCAUACCCUUCUUUUGAAACGGUGAGAUUCAAAUAAAAAACAAAAAUUGUUCUUUGUGGUUUGAAUAUUUGAAAAUGGGAAUUGAUUGUUUAAUGAAAGGAUUGAAUCCAAGUUUGGUUUUUCAUCUAGUUUUGAAGUAAAGCAAUCUCAGGACAGUUUUUCAACUCUGGUCAGGGAUGGUCUUGUUCAAAACUCAUUUAUGAUUUAUACUGGAAACAAAAGUUGAUUUAUUGAAUUUUAAGCAAUUAGCCACAUGUUCAAAAUAAAUAAAUGAGCUUGAUUUAAACUUUUGCAGGAUUUUUAGCAAGGACACAUUAGUUUGAAUACUGGCAUAUCUCAUUUAUAGCUUCAUAAAUGGAUCAUUUUCCUAGUAACUUAUUAGGAUUUGAUAAAUUUAAAUUCUAAGCUAGACAAAUGAAGCUAUAUGGUUAAUUAUUAACCUGAGCUGUUAAUUCUCUAUUUAGGACUUCAUCGAUGUAACUGGAGCAGACAAACUUGAGGACAUUGGACUUGAAGCAGGGGGGCCCAAGACAGAGGAGCCAAGCAGAGUAACCCUGGAGGGCAUCUCUAAUGUGGAGAUGGUGCAAGUGUGUGCCAUCCAUAACGACAUACUGACAAGUCUGUCUCAGGCCGACUGGCUGGACAAACCUGUUCCUGAUCCCGCAGCUGUGACAGAUAUACUGACCUCGUCACUGAUGUCAUACCAGAUUGGUGCAGACGUUGUGAAGACAACAUUCGGUGUGUUAUGUAAGUGAUCCACUGAUGCUUUUUAUGUGUGAAUGGGACAUAAGUGGUCAAAGUUAAAUAAAGAAAGUUCGUGAAUGCUGAAAAACGCUAAGUCCAUUAAAAUUUAUGCUUUUAUUAUUCUGUUAUGAAGAAAACUAUCUGUCCUCAUCAGGUCCUGAGGUUGAUCAAAGCAUAACAGGCUCUCAUCUGGUCAUCGGUGGUUCAGUCCUGCAGUACUUAGAUGCCCCUAACUCAACUGCCAUUGAACAGGUAAGUUAUGAGUGUCAGGACACUGCCCUGGGGUUUACCGUAUCUGUUGGUUACUUCAGUUUGAAUUAAAACUGUAUGGUCAUUAUACCACAUCCUAUCAAGUACAUUGCUUGAGAGAAAAAAAUCAUCAAGUCAGAAAUUAUUGAACAAUAUUUUUUUCACUGUUGAUACGUUUAAUUUCAUAAGUUAAUGUGCUCGUCCUUUACACUUGCUCAUGUUUUAAAGUGUUUUUGCUUGUAAUUGUGAUAAAUUCAUGCAUAAAUUCAAUGUUUUGUCAACAGGUGGCCAGGAGCAAAAAGUGUACCAAGUCAUACAACAUUUAUUAUGAUGCCAACGUACCUGAAGUGAUCAAAUGCAAGCCUGUGUUGGACAGUUUGAAGAAACGAGUUGAAGAGUUGCAGCAGGAAUGGCCCGACCACCCCACCCUGAAACUGGUAUUAACAUUAUAUCUGUUGUAGUGAGGGAGCUGAUCAUUAGUUUUUAUUAUAAAAGCAAACAUAAAAAGCCCAGAGAACUCUAUUAUUUAAGUAAUACAAAUUUGUGGGAAAACACUGGCUUUAAUCUCAUGAAACUAUUUUUUUUUACCUCUUCAUUGCCUUUUUCAUUUUAAUGUAAAGGCAAAAUAAUGGUUAAAUAAAAAAAUUUAAGCUCUGUGGUCUGACUUAUUUCACAUGUUCCCCAUCUGUUUUACAGUUGAACCAGAUCAUGGACAGAAUCUUGACCUUCUCUGUGACAAACCCAGUGAUCAAGUUUCUCACUGGCCUAGAACUGCUGUUACAGAAAGCUCAGGUAAAAAAAUUUAUAACAAUGGUUUCAAUGAGUGGGAUCAAACCAGCAGGAAGUCCAGCUCAGAUACUUAUAACUUUUCCAACCAGAAUGGUAAAUGUUUAAAAGUAAAUAAUCCAUGACAUGAACUAUCUGCACUGAAAUAAAUUUGAGACAAGAUUGUUUGACAGAAACUUAAGCAUUAAAAAAAAAAAAAUACAACCAUGAGUUUUUAUCUUCAAAAAAGACAAGUAAAUGUAGUUUCAAUUAAGUCAUCUUUAGUUGACCUACAUAAUCUUAAAUCCAGGACAACAUCAGAUAUAGACAAAUAAUAUGUAACUAUUCCCUUAACAGGACUGGGAGAGCAAUGCUGCGUGUUAUGUUUCACUUUCAACUCAACUCACUGAAAUUACAUCUGUCAUUGUGGACUGGAGGAAACUGGAGUUAAGGUUAGCUUGUUUACAUACACACUUGUCUCUGCUCUGGAACACAGACCUUUAAGCAGUUUAUAAAUAGAUUGGCUAGCUUUGGAUGGUGUAGAAAGAUAUAAUAAGUAAGUGCUUGUCUUGUGUAAGUGCUGUUAAUAAAAUAUAGAUCAUCUAUGUUAAUAAAAUUUCAGCUUUUUACAAAACAAAUUAGAAUAUUCAUUGCAUUAGAAUUUUACACGUCUACCUGAGCAGUGUUUAUAAUAGUUUAGCUGAGUUCAUUAAAAGGAUGUUUUUUCUUGUAAGCUGUUGGAGUAGCUCUCUGGACAGAGAGGAAGAAAAGUGUAAAGAAAAAGCCAGUCAGUGGUGGUUUCAUCUCUAUCAGCUGACAUCGGAUUUCCUAACAGGCAAUGAACUUGUUGCUUACAACAAAGAUCAGGUAACGAUUAGUGGAAUGAGCUCUAUAAGAUUUUAUUUUUAUUUCUGUUGUUUGAAGACUAUUAAUGUAAGUGUGAUAAUGCCAGAGGAGGAGUGGAACAUUUUGUUAUGUAAAAAAAAACUUAACCUCUUCUUGAGUAGAAAACCAAAGUGGAUACCCUGGAAUCACUGAAGAAGUUUAUGGAAGGUGCUACAGUAGGAGAAUAUCAAGUGCGUCUUCAGAUGUUACUGGCCUUCCAUUGCCAGGUGCUACACAUGGAAAAGUGCCCUGCCCAGAGUAAUUUGAUUUUACAUAUUACUUAGGGUUAUUUGUAAAAAAUUGAAAUUAUUGUGGCUUUCUAAAGCAUAUAUGAAUAGAUAGAAAGUUUACCAUAAAUUUAAAUUUUUAAGAGUGACCCAAUCUUUAUAAAUAUUAAACAUUGAGAUAUUUUCUAAGUUAUUUUAUCUAUUAUAUUAAUGUUUUAUCUGUGAACUAUUCUGUGAAUGUUUAAUCAGUGAAUCUAAUGUGAUUCUUUUAUUUUUUUAAAAGAAAAACUUUUGUACAUGCUGUGGAAUGUGUAUCAGUUCUAUAAACAAUACCUACCUACAAUUCAAGGGGAAAUCAAGAAAAUGAGGACUCCAAUAGACAAACAGCUCAAGGUAUGGGGGAAAAUAAUUUCUCAUUUAAUUCAGUAACCCAUCUCGUUUUAGAUCUUUUCAGUUUAGAUUAUCAUAUUGUGCAAGUUAAAUCUCUUAAAGUUCUUUUGAGCCCUUGAUGAAACAACUUCAAUUUAAACAAAUGUUGCAGGGCUUUGUCAAGAUUGCACGUUGGAGUGAUAUGAACUACUGGGCUUUGAAAACAUCCACUGAGAAAACUCAUCGCACGGUACACAAGUACAUCAAAGAGUACCAGGUUUGUUAACAAAAUGAUUUUCAUUUCAAAUAAAUCUAUGAAUAUUCUUAAAUGGUUUACUUAUCUGGUAUUGUACAACUUACUAAUUUUUUUAUCUUUUCUUGAAAUUAUGAUUAUUUUCACUUUCAGACUGUUUUAAACCAACCAGUGAAAACUGUACUAGGAGACAAAGGAGAUGACUUGGUAUCCCAGGCGGUCAAGCAGACAGAGGGGUUCUCCAUUGAGGAAAAGAUCGCUGUUUUCACCAAGGCUGUUCUAGAGAACCUGAACAAAAUAAUUUCAGGAGUAAGUAGGGCUGUUGAUCAGAUGAUAGGCUAAGAUGUUAUGUAAAUGGUAAAUGCAUAAAGUUGCAUAGGAAUGAUAAUUUUUCUUUCCAUGUUUACUACAUUCAUUCUUCUUUCCUUUCCAAAUCUUUUCUUUCUUUCUCAUUAAUCUGUUGUUGUCAUGAGUCAAAUGACCUCAAUCCCAUCUUAGGAUUUGAAAAGCUUCAGUGCUCCCUCCAACCUCAUUGGCUUGCUUAGCUUGCUACCCAGGGUCCCCACAUUGUAUAAAAAGAUGAAGAGCCAUUUACAGACCUGCAUUGCCGAGUCAAAAUAUGCCAAGGAGAUGUUAAUCUUUGAUGGAUUCACUGGUGAGUUGAUAGACAAAAGUGAGCUCAUGGUUUUUUUAAGUUAGGCUAUACUUCUUGGAUAAUUUAAUUACACUUAAUAAUAGACAAUAAAGCGUGUCUUAAACAAUCUAUUUUAAUUAAUUAUUGUUUAUGUUUCCAGGGGAACUUAUCCAGGAGAUGCAUGAGCUACAAGCACUUCAUGUGGAUGCGGUAAAUAUCUAUUACUUAUAAUCUAAGUACUUUUUAAAACCAUUUUUCAUGCUUUUAAAACAACUUAUAAGACUUUCAGCUUUUGCUCUAGUUUCAAAUCCUGAAUUAUUUUGCUGUGUAUAACAUUUGAUAUAAAUAUUACAGUUGAAAAUAUUUUUGUUUCUGCCUUCCAAUUUAGGCUGCAGAAAAAGAAAAGCAAAAAACCGAGGCUCGUUCUGUCAACUUGAGGAAACGGAAAGGCUUAUCAGAAUUAUUCAAAUACCUCUCUCUUAUUGGUAAGUACUAAACAGCUAGAUUAACAUUGGUGUUGGAAGUUUUACGUUGGAUUAUUUAGAAAAAUAUGAUUUAAAUUUAAAUGUGAUCAUUGUGUUGUUCUCCAGGUCUUUCUUAUCGCAAAGGAGUGACUGGCAAAAACACCAUGGUGCUGACUGAAGCCCUUGAACUGCCCCCAUUAAAUCUCAAUUCUCACGCAACGUAAGCUCAGAACUUGAUAUACUUUUUUCAUUUGGGUUUCUGUGCUGAGUUAUGUUAUUUAACAUUUGAUAUGUUAGUUAACAUUUGAUAAAGUCAAAGUGUCUCCACUCUAAUCAAAUCUUCUGUUCUUCUUAGGCUUCCAGUUUGUAGCUUGUGGACAGGCAGUGAGAGUUACUUCUACAGAUGUAUCUCAAGGCACGCUCAGUUUGCUUCAGCCAUCAUCUCACCCUCCAAGGUAAGAGCAUCUCUAACUUUGUCAUGUUGUUUUUGACAGUUAUUGACAUAAAUAAUUAUAAACAUAAUGUUGACAAAACUCUGUUCAUAUUUAACAAUGUACACAGACUAGGAAAAAUGGAACUUUAAAUUCAAGAAAAGAAAAAUAUAUGAAGGAUAAUAUAUAUGAGGGACUGUUAGCAGCUCUAUAUCAGGACCCUGAAACUCUAAACAUCCAAAGAGACAUUUUGGUGACCUAAAGGCCACAAUACCGCUACAUAUAGCUUUUUAACGUUGUCUAGUUUAACAAAUUAUAAUAUAUACUUUGAGGGCCUCUGGAAAUUGUUUAGAGGAUCGUUAGUGGGUUCGGAGACACCAGCACCAUAACUUUGAAGUCCAAAUAAUUAAAGGGGAAGAUAUUAGUUGUCCAAACUUGUUUUAGUUAAUCUAAGUGUGUCCAAUAAUAGUUGUUUCUUGAAUACGAGACCGUGUGUUUGUUCAUUUAACAGGAGUUGAGUAUGGGUGACACUGAGAGAUGCAGAGGCUUUAUUGAACACUUUUCACAACUCUACGUCGAUCAAAGAAUUCGACUGGCAGAUCUCACUUUUGGAUAUUUGUCACUCAGGUAUUCACCCACUGGUGGAAACUUAUUUCAUUCCUAGUCAUUUAUGAAAUUUACCGAGAUCUUCUGGACUUAUUAUUAUCAAGUGUUAAGCAGUUCAGAUGAUUUUUUUAUACAUUAUUCCUGGUUAUUAUGUAUAAUCCUAUACUUUAUCAAAUUUAAAUUCCUUAUUGAUACAUUUUUUUGGUGUGGGGGUUGGGAGAUGUAAAGAAAACUACCCUACUACUAUUGUUCAGUUAUUUAAUGUUUUCUACAUUUAAUUAAAAUUUCAGAAAAGUGUUGCAGUCACUAAAAACGCUAGAAGAGUUGUCCAGCUAUAAUUUACCCCCUCAAGCCCAAAGCCAUUCUUGGUUGGUAAGUGAAAAGAUGGAUAGCACAAAUGUGGUCCCAGGGACUGCUUUAAGAAAGAUUUAUUUCACUUUUACAAUCCACACUGCUUAAUAUUCUUUGGUGAUGGCUUUCACUGAAACACAGUAGCAGGAAUUUUUGUGUUUUCAAUAAAUGAAAUAGAUGCAUUUUUUGUGCUGAAGGCCAGCAUUAUUUGUUCUGAAGGCCAGAUGCAAGAAUGCCAAAUGCACCAAUGUUACUGUUACAAAUAACUUUUAGAAAUGUAUGUUGCUAUACAAUUAAAUUUCUUAUGUUUAAUUUUCAAAUUAUAAUUUUAACAAGUAAGAGGUUUACAACUCAUGGAAUUUAUAUAAAGGCAUAAUCCGGCAAUGAUCAGCUAUUAAUUGAUUUAAUCCCCAGGCCAGAAUAAAACAGCUGACAACCAGGCUCCUUCAAGGUCUUGCCCAAUUCGCCCUGGUCUUGGAGUUCUGUCCAUCAUCACAGCUAGAAUCUUCUCUGACAUCAGUGCACCCCUCACCUCUCCCUACAGUCGAGUUAUCUCAGUCCGCCCUCUGGUUUAAGGGGGACGCAGCCUGGACACACUGUUAUGAACUUGUUCAGGUAGUUGUGCUUUCAUGUAUCACUUUAAGUAGAGAUCUCAGCCUGUUGUUGUAAAUGGUGAGCUUUGCACACCACUUAUUUUCUAAAUUAACCAUUAAUUUUUUUUGGUUGUGUUUUUCAGACAUUGCAGAAGGAAGUUAAAGAAGAGCAGAUAAAAGUUGACAGGAUUCUUGAAAAAUCAGUUCUUGGAAGGUAAAAAUCUACAUUCUAAAAACCUUUUUAUGUUCAAGUUUGGUUAUUAAAAGAAAAGUUUAAGAUGAUUUAAAACAUUUUCACUUCAAUACAUUUUCACUUGAAAAUGUCUUGACGUCGAAAAGAAAAAUUGUAAUUGGACUGAAUAUUAUGCUACACAUGAUUGUCAUGUUAAAAGUCCUUUAUUUUACUUUAUAAAUUCUCUAACUUGACUUAUUCUUGUUUUCAGAUCAGACAUGUCAACCGUUUCCAAAACACUCCAGGUGUAUGAAUCUUUGACUGGACAUUUUGCUGACAUAAGUUCCCAGUUCACCGAUCCGUCCGGAUCCAGCAGCUGCCUUGUUUCAUCCUUGACAUUUUUAUCCUCUGAGGUCUUGUCCUUAAAACAACAGUUCUUCCACUGGUGGGACAGUCUCCAUGUUGAACAAGACUUACCUGAACCCGAGGACCAGCCCAUACAAACAGUGCCUGGGCUAAGCUUGAGGUCAGGCAAAGUUUUACCUCAGUCGCCCCUGGUGCGGGCCAGGCUUACAGACAAUGUCUCAUGUGGGGAACUGUCCAAAGACUUCCUGCAGAGGGUGGAGUCAUGUGUACAAUCAGUGCUGCUCAGUGUGCAGAAUGUCAUCAAGGUUCAACAGAAAAAUACAAGAUUAGGACAAGAGGAAGAUAGUAAUGGUGUUGGCUUAGAAGGUUUGAACAUUAUAUUAACAUUUUAAUAUUUAUUCAGUUUUUUUAAUUACCAGAUCAUUGUUGAGAAAUCUACACGUUCAUCAUAUAACUGAUUCUAUUUGGUUAGUUUUAAUACACUAAAGGGGAUUAGAUAAGUUAUUGGCCAUCAUAUAUGCCUUUUAACAAACAGUUUUAAUUUGUAUCAUAUGAUCUGUGAUUUUGAUAAUUCCAUCAUGCAGAUAUUGAUUUAGCUUAAUAAAAUUAUGUGAAACACUAUUAUUUUUUUUAAUACAAUAUUUCAAUGACUUAUCUGGUUUUAAAAAAAUGUUAUUAGUUUUAAUCAAAUAGCCAACUUUAAAAAAUUUUUUAUUACAGAUGAACUGAAAGAUGCCCACUUAACAAAACAUUUGCUGGAUAUGGAAAAAAACACAGUCACCAACCUGAACUGUUCUAAGGUAAACGUUACGUUGUUCUCCUACAAUCUUUUUCCAAAGAGAAAAUGCUCAAACUAAGAACUCUUAUAUGCAUGAAGUAAAGCAGUUCUAUAUAAAUGAUUUUUAGAUGGUUACCAUUGAGACUGAAAGAUACAUGUUUUAAAAUAUUGGCUUGAGAAUCAUUGUAUUCAGUAUGCCUGCUCUGAUUCUUUUACCGUCAGGUUACCACCAUGCUUGAAGGUCUGAUGUCCAGCCUCUGCACCAUCUCAGACACCACUGACAAGACAACAACAAACAGCUCUGAAGCCAAAGAAAGUGUUCCUCUCUGUGUCCAGUCACUCUUGCAAGCACAGCCCCUGGUGGCGGCCUUCAGUUCUCUGGUGGAACAUCAGCUUGGGCAUUCUUUAGCUCUUCAUCGAUCCAUGGGAAAAUUGUUGUCAGUCCUAUUAGCUGUGUUUACAGAGCUGGCUCAGAAGGUGAGAUAAUGUUUAAAUCUACAGCUAAUUUAGCUGUGUGUUGAGAGCUGGCUCAGAUGGUGAGAUAAUGUUUAAAUCUACAGCUAAUUUAGCUGUGCAUGGAGAGCUGGCUCAGAUGGUAAGAUAAUGUUUAAAUGUGAAUUUUGUAGCAGAAGAUAAUAGUUGAUGUGAAAAUGAAUAUAAAAUCUUUAAUACAAAUGUUGCGAUUUUCUUUUUUUUAAUUCAGCUAAGAAACCUGUCUGUUUUUCCCCUGAUAUCAUAAGCUUUUUGAAACUUUAGCCUAGGGAGUGAAAUUUUAAACUAAUUUUAUUCUGGAACAGGUCAGUCCAGGAACCUUUAAAAUUAAAAAGAUAUAAUUUAAGCAGUUUCUGAUUAAGAUUUAUUAUAAAAAUAGGACUCAAAGUUGUCUGUACAGACAGCAGUCAUGUCAUAUUUUUGAGGGGAAAAGGCUAACAAAACGGUUUCCCAAAAACCAUUAAACUAAUUGGGCUAAACUGAUAGAAAAUCUUUUAGGCUUAAAUUUUUUACAUGGAAAGAAAUCCACCUGAGUAAUAACUGUUUGUCUGGUACUUAUUGACUGAUACAGUUGUUAAGGUAGAAAUGUAAUUCAUGUGAAAUAAAAUCUAUCAACAGGGCUUCUGCAUUCCACCAGAGCUAAGCGAAGAGGCUGACGGUGAAGGGGCAACUGAGUUCAAGGACAUAGAAGGUGGAGGCCUGGGAGAGGGUGAGGGAGCAAAAGAUGUCAGUGAUCAAAUAGAAUCAGAAGAUCAGGUGAGUGACAUUUCUGCAAUGUCCUGUUUAAUCCUAUUGCAUUUGGAAACUAGUAUAAACUGUCAAACUCUGUGUUUGGGCAAAUAGUGAAUCUAUUCAUUUUUUAAAGCUAUUUAAUAUGCCACAGGGUUGUCAAUACAUUACAAAUUACAAUGUGUGUACAACCCAAAGAGAUUUUCAGUCCAUAAAUAAAACAUUAUAUUGAAAUGUUGCUUCUUCACUUAGCUGGAUGAGGCAAAACGACCAGGCCAAGAAGAAAAAGAAAAACCCAAGGAGGAGCCAGAGAUCCCAUCUGAAGAUAAUGCUAUUGAGAUGUCAGAUGAUUUUGAUGGGAAGCUGCAUGAUAAUGAUGACACAGGUGGGAGAAAAAGAUACUUAUUCCAGUAACAAACCACUGGAGAACGCACACCAUAAGAUAGUUUCUAUGAGCAGUCAAGGCAUCUAUUUCUUUCUAUUAAUUAUAAUAGUAAAGCAAAUGCCACCCACACUGCUACAUUAAACCGUGCAACGAUCCUCUCUGGCUGUCCGCAUUGGCCCUGGGAGUUUGCACAGCAAGGACAGUGGAAUGGAUGUAUUGUGUAUUGCAGGGGUGGGCAAACUACGGCCCAACAACUGAUAUUAUGCGGCCCUCGGGAGCAUUUAGAAAGAAAAACUUUGCUUCAUUUUUAAGCUCUUUCGUUGAGUUUUACAGAAUUUCAUGUACCGUUAUGAUUGUUUUAAAUAAAAUUUCUUUCCCGUUUUCUUUUUUUUUUGUAAGGUGUCCUUUACAUUAGGAAUCAACAAUAGUAAUGACAAUGUAAUCGGUUUGUGUCUCAAUAAAAGCCAUUGAUAGAUAAUAACAAUUUUUUAUUAUAAUAAAAAUUUGUAAAAUCUUCAAACAAAUUAGUCAGUUUAUUGUAAAAUAAAAUAUAUGUGUAUAAGUAAAAUAAAAUCGCAGUAAUUGGUUAUUUAUACUAUUUAAUAACCAAUAAAUAAGUCAUAAUGUCUUAUAUGAUAGGGUGCUGUAACCAAAGUGGACAUAAAAUAUAUGCGGCCCCCCAAUAGCUUUACAUUUGUCAAUGUGGCCCUACGCACAAAAAGUUUUGCCCACCCCUGGUGUAUUGUGUUGUGUCCUGGCUAAAUCUACUCUACCUACCCACCCUUGCCCAAGGAAAAAAAAGCUGUUUAAAGCUAUUCUUUCUUUAUCAGUUUUGUCAACUCUUUCUCCACAUUGCCUAUUUAGCCAAUUUAAUAACAUUAAUUAAAAAGUCUGUUGGAUACAGAUAUGAUGUCUCAAUAAAUGAUUUAUGAAUAGUUUUAUGCAAUUUACAAGUUAACUUUUACAUAUUCUUUGAUUGCUUCCAUUAUAAAAUUAAAAUUAGAUUUCAAAUGGUAUCAUAUCAUGUAUUUUGAACAGAAAAGGGUGAAGAUGAUGAAGACGAUGCUAAAGAAGAAGAUGAAAUGGAUAAACAAAUGGGUGAAGCUGACGGUGAAGACAACGAUAGACUGGAUGACAGAAUGUGGGGGAGUGAUGAAGAGGAAGAAGAAGAUGAGCAGGAGGUAGGCAAGAAACGAUGACAGAGAGAUCCAAAAAUAAAAAAACUUUGAACAAUAUAACCUUUCCUUGAACAAUUUAAUUUCUUUUUUAUUUUAUUUAUGAAGUUUUUGUCAUUUUAAAUAACUCCUGCUCAGUCCUCACCACUACACUAUACAGUUUUGAUUUGACCUAUGUUGUACAAAAUAUCAAAGGAUGCCUAUGAGAUGAGUUCACUAUGAUCUAUGAAUGCAGUUUUUAAAAAAUGAUCUAAUAUCACAGUUGAUUUGUUUGACCUGUGACACACAUAAACUGCUAUAUUGAACUAUGCAUCGAUCCUCUCUUGUCUGUCUUGGGUUUGAGAGUUUGCACACCAUAAACAAUGUUUUAAAAUCACAUAGAAACCUUGUGAUCCUGCUCUAGAAAUUCUUUCUUUUACUUAAUUUCUUUGGUCAAACAUAUUUUAUUAUACAGUAAAUGAUGCAGUUUAUUAUGAAAAAGUUUCUAAUGCAAAAAGUUGUAAAAUAAUUCUUUAUAUAUUAUUUAAUAAAGGGAUUCUCUUUGCAUUAAAUAUUUUUGUUUCUGGGAUGAUAAAUUAAUCUUGUGCUUGCUUAUACCAGGAAAGCAAAGAUGACAAAAAUGGCGGGGGGAUGGACAGACAGAAGGAAGAAAUGGUGGCUAAAGAGGAGAACAAAGGUGAAACUGAGGGACAGGAAAGUGAUGACCAGCAAGACAAGGAUGAAAAGACCAGCGAUCAGCCCCAGGACCUGAUGGAGGAAGAUGUACAGUAUUUUAUAUCAUGUUAUCAUACCUCUAUUUUUUGCUUCAUUUAUAUUGUGUCUGGGCACGACAUCCCCCAACAUGUCAUACUGUGUUAUAACUGCAGUGUAUGCUUGUAUGGUACACCAUAUUUUUGUUGUACCACCUUGAAAAAAACACUGCUAAAUGAAGUCAUGUAACGAUCCUCUCUGGCUUAUUUUUUUUGGCUUCGGGAGUUUGCACAGCAUGGACAUUGUCAAUGUUUAUAAGUUCCCUAUCGUAGACCAAAUUAUUAUUUUUUUCCUUAGGAAGCAUUACAUGUUUUUUAAAGGAUGUUAGUUUUGUAUUUGUAAUUUGAAAAUGGUUUUGAACCAAUUAAAUUUAAAUACAUUUUACUAAAGGUAUUUUGAAUGAGACCUAUCCACAAGUGAACUACUUGAAACAGUGCUUCACAAAAGGUGUGAUACAUUGCCAUGGGGAGCCAUAGCUCUCUUACUGGUGGCGAAAAAUUAUAACAUUUUUAUAAUUUUAUUUCCAUUCUUAAUUUGAGAUGUUAGAGGACAUCUAGCGGAUCUGAUGCAAACCAGAAAUGACUGCAGAGGUCUCUGAAUUUUUACUAGAUCUUCGACUUCAUGCUUGUGCAAAGCUGGCUUUUUUUUAACUGGUCUUUGUUAUUAACCCAGGAGAUGUCAAUAAAACCUUUCUUUAUUCCAGAAUUAAAUGAAUGAUCUUGUUUCUCCCAAUCCUCACUACCCAUAUUACCUUUGCUCUAAUUUUGUAUCAAGAAUCCUGUGUCUGGCCAUGACAUUCAUCUGCAUAUCAUACUUUUUAUAAUAACUGAACUGCAGUGUAGGCUGGUAAUGGUACCUUAACUAUUGUAGUAUCACAUUUGACCGCACUGCAAAAUGAAGUCAUGUAACGAUCCUCUCUGGCUUUUUGAUUUGGCUUCGGGAGUUUGCACAGCAUGGACAUUUUCAUUCGAUGUUACUAUCCAUUUUUUCCCUAUAAUAAAUGACAUUUUUUUUACUAUACAUUAGGAAGGAGGUUUUGAAGGCAUUCAACCAUAUUUGUUUUUUUUUGUUUUUGUUUUUUUAAAAUGAAAAAUAUUUUUUGUAAAUUAACGUAAUGAUUGUAUACAUCUAUAAAAGAUGAAGAAGGGAUGAAUUGUUUGAUCCAAUCAGGAGGACUAUGAUGACAAUCAAGUGAACCCUCACAACCCAGAAGAAGAAAAAGAAGCAGAGGACUUGAACUUACCUGAAGACCUCAAGUUGGAUGAAGGGGACAGAAAAGACAAAGGUUGGUCUGCAUCAGACACACAAAUGUGUUUAUCACUUUUCGAUAAUAAUUUUUUUGGUAUUCACCUUUCACUAAUAUAAAUGUGACAUUUCACAUUCUGCUGCUUAUUUUAUUCAAUGUUGCAGAAGAAAAAUUAACUUUCUAUUAAGAGUGAUGGUUUUGUAAAGGUAUUGGUUUAACUUAACACUUGACAAGCCAUUGCCUUCUUACUUUAGUGGCUGCAGCGAAACGGCAGGGUCUCUACUGCUGCUGUGAGGACCUGUUUAAUCAAUACGGACUGCAACAGUAAAUUCAUGUCUUUUUUUUAACCCUCAAGCCUUGGUGGCUUAAAGGAUACGCAAGGCAUAGACAGUAUUUCAACAUUUAAACUAUUAUUGGGAAUAUUUCAACAUUUAAAUUAUUAUUGGGCAAGUGGUCAAACGAGUCAACUUUAUAGGGUAAAGUCAUUAACAGGCUAUUAAACUAUUAAUUUAUUAUAUUUAAUAUAAUUGAACCAACAAAAGUUUUAAUUGCAAUUAUUUGAGUAAAUGUUUCACUGAUGAUUUCUUUGUAUGAUGACUUUCUACAACAAUAUUUGUAAUGAUAAACUUGAAACAUAUUGCCGUAGCCUGUUCCCAUUGGAACAAAUUCAUGAUGCUAAUACACCCAAAAACUAACAUCGUUAAAAGUUGAUGUCUUAAAUUUAAUUUUUUUUAGAUCCCCAGUUGUCUGGGUAAUUUUUUAAAGUAAAUAACUAUUGAAAUAUUACCAUUGCAUUAUACUAGUCAUCCAAAAUAGAUUUUUUUUUAUGUCUAGAUUUUGUUUGCUUAAAGGCAAUUUGUUAAAGAUGUUGAUAAAUAUCACUUGUUACCCACUACUUUUCUAAGCAGGCUACUACUCUCAACAAUACAAUAAAUGUAGUAGAAUAAAUUUUUUUCAAUGCAUAUCUAAAGCAUAUUUGGAUAAAAUGCCUUUUUGGCAUGGAUCCCAAAUUUAAAAAAAAAAAUUUGCACAUAGAUAUUUUUUGGUCAAAGUAAGUGAAAAAAAAGUAAACAAUAAAUACAUAUAUAUUCUCAUACAACACAAUCACAAACCCAUACCACAUAGAUCACUACCCACCACAUAGAUCACUAUCCACCACAUUAAUCACUACCCACCACAUAGAACACUAGCCAUGAUAGCUUAAAAACCUCCUUUACUAAAAAGGACAUACCUUCCUACUUUUAAUCCCAAAUAUUUUUUUUUUAAACAACUUAAUGCAACCCCACUAUUAAUGGGAUCCAAUGUUAUGGACCCCAAUUAUCCCAUUACACGGAGGCUUCACUGUAUUUUUGUUAUGUUGCUCUGCAGCGAAAGGCAGGAUCUCUACUUCUGUUGUGAGAACCUGUUUUAUCAAUACCACUGCAACAUUAACUUAUGUCUUUUUUAACCCUUGAGUCUUUUGGUUCAGAGGAUACGCAAGGCAUGGACAUUAGUUGAACAUUUAAAUUAUUGCUGGGAAAGUAAGUUAGUGAUGUGUUGCACAUUUUUAAGCCUGAAUUAUUUCCCAUGAUUUAUUUGGAUCUGUAGAGGAGGACAUGGAUGUAGAAAAUGAAGAAAAGGGAGAGAAUACAGAGGAUGCAGAUCUGAAUGAGGAGGAAGAUGCCAAGGAUGAUAAUAAUGAUGACCUAACUAAUGAACAGGUAAAUAUUUAGAUGCACCAUGAUUUGUGGGUUGACAAGUAAGUCAAGUAAAAUGUGCAAGAUUUUGCUCAAGUCUUGCCAGGUAUUAGAAAAGUGUAAGGGCUCAAAACAUAUUGGCUUGCAUCAUGUAAAUCGGACACUGAUCUCAGGUGCGGGUGAGUUAAAGGCUAAAACUAGGGAGUGUCACACUGACCUAUCUUAACUGAUAAUGCUUUUCAUUUAACCUGAACGCCAUGUGUGAGGGAAUGGAAACAACGUCACCUGUUGAUUUUUUUUCUCUUACUUCAUGACUAUGUAAAACUUAAAUUUAGCCAUUUAUUUUACUGGUACAUUUUUACUUUAGCUUACCUUGGCUGCAUUUGAACCAAGUUGCAAGUUCUUUACAAAGAAAAAAACAAUUUACAUACCUAAAAUAAAAUGAAUAACAAUGUUUACCAGUUACUUAUUUCAAUAUUUUUUUUAAUGCUUUGUUUUAACUUUUUUAAAUGAAGUAAAAUUUGAAAUGUUUAAAUUUAAAUGAUAAAUGUUUUAAGCAAAAAAAAAUUUCUAAAAAAUCAUUAUUGUUAUCAAGUUUUCUAACAAGAGCUGUUCAUGUCUGGUAUGUUAAGAGCAAUCUCAGUUUUGUAACACUUAACUUGGUACAGUGCUGUACUGCUUUCUAAAGCAUUUAUGUGUCUCAUUCAGCUUACUUUUUGAACUGCAGCAAAAGGGCAGGGUCUCUACUUCUGUUGUGAGAACCUGUUUAAUCAAUACUGACUGCAACAGUAAUUCAUGUCUUUUUUAAUCCUCGGGUUUGGUGACCUAGAGGAUACGCAAGGCAUGGACAUUAGUUAAACAUGAACGAAAGGAUGUAGAAAAUUUAAAAUGACAAAAGCUAACACUUAAGUUAAAUGUUUCUGUCUGCAGGAUCAGCCGGGAGCAGAUGAGAAUGGUGAAGAGAGCAUUGACAAUAAGGAGGAAGAAGAUGCUGGAAAUAAGAAGGCAGAGAAAGAAGAGGAAGAGGAGGGUGAAGGGGAAGAAGAAGGAACUAAUGGUCCUGUAAGUAUCUUAUCUUAUCUGCAUUUUAACUCAUAACAUUCAUCCACUAUGCAAAAUGAAUAUUUUAUUGUAACACAUUAGUGCGGAUGCAAAACAUUUGACAUUUGAGUUUUUCAUUGGACCAAAGUACACACAAGGUUUAUCCUAUAACGAACUUAGAGUUUUGACUUUUGCUCAUUUGGAUGUUUCCAUAAUUUGAAGGAGGAAGAAAAACCCACUGCUGAAUUGAGGAGAGAUAAGGAAGAUAACCCUACACAAGAUAAAGUAGAGACGGUAGAUUCAGGGCAGACCAGUCAGACGCCUGACGCUGCUGACAGUAAGCAAGGGGAUGCUGACCAAGAGGAAGCAGCUGAUAAGCAUGAGGAUGACCAGGAAGAGGUCAGGGUUUAUUUUUUUUAUUAACUGUGGAUUUGCUAUAACAAGGUUGAAAAUUGUAGACCCUUCUGAUUUGGGCAUUCUAUUGUACAGAUUUGUCAAAAAGUUUUAUUUCAAGCAAAUCAACUUAAUUUUGAUACAAAAAGUUAAACAUAACACAGUGACUUAAAAACUUGGUUGUAUAGAUGUAAACAAGUUAACCAAGGAAGUGAACUUCAUGUGCUUGUAUUUUCAUAAACCUUAUGUGCUUGUAUUUUCAUGAACCUUAUGUGCUUGUAUUUUCAUGAACCUUAUGUGCUUGUAUUUUCAUAAACCUUAUGUGCUUGUAUUUUCAUGAACCUUAUGUGCUUGUAUUUUCAUGAACCUUAUGUGCUUGUAUUUUCAUGAACCUUAUGUGCUUGUAUUUUCAUAAACCUUAUGUGCUUGUAUUUUCAUGAACCUUAUGUGCUUGUAUUUUCAUAAACCUUAUGUGCUUGUAUUUUCAUAAACCUUAUGUGCUUGUAUUUUCAUGAACCUUAUGUGCUUGUAUUUUCAUGAACCUUAUGUGCUUGUAUUUUCAUGAACCUUAUGUGCUUGUAUUUUCAUGAACCUUAUGUGCUUGUAUUUUCAUGAACCUUAUGUGCUUGUAUUUUCAUGAACCUUAUGUGCUUGUAUUUUCAGAAGGAAGGAGUUGGUGCUGCCAGUUCAGAAGAUCAGGAUGGACACAUCGGACAGAAGUCUAGUCAGACAACUGAUGGCUCGGCACCUCAGGCACAAAAAAAGGUAACACCUGUGUGAAGCUUAAUGAACAGCUUGAAUUGACCACACAAACAAAGAUACGGACAUCAUAUUUAUGUGUUGGCGCAGUCAUGUGAUUAGCCUGUUCCUGAAAGUGAUUGAAAUAAUGAAAUAAAUUUGAUGACAGCACCUUAAAUGAAUCUGCUGAUAAGCUGUGGCCAGCCUGCAGCUACUUAAUCCGAAAAUGGUUGCAUAGCCCUGGACUUAAUGCUCAGUGACUUUUUAUUUAAGAUUUUAAAAUACCUAUUAAAUUGUAACAGAGUUCUCAGCUGGUCAUUUAUACUUUUUAUCAGAUCCAGAGAAACCCCGGGCAGUCAGACAAUGAUAGGUCUCUUGGGUCACAUGAGAAGGAACAUCGUCGCCUCAAGACAAAGGACAAGUCUGAGACCCUGGACAAGGAGACAGAGGAGAAUGAAGCUAAAGAAGAAGCUGUUUCUAAAGAGUAUGAGCAUGUCAAGGAUGCCAAGUCACACGCCGACGGCCAGACAGUGGAUGUGGCCAACAAAGAACAGAUGCAAGAGAAGCAGGCCGUGCCGACACAAAUGGAGGGGGACGAGCUGCUGGAGGAGGAGGAGGAUAUGAAGAUGGAGGAUGAGGACACAGAAGAUUUGGUGAGUGGAUCAUGUGGAUGGAAUGAAUUCCUAAUAGUGAGCCGUAAAACUCAUACUUGAAUAUAUCAUUCUGGCAUUAUUAGUUAAAAUAAGUCAAAACGUGAGCUGUUGUGACUAGGGUCAUAUUUGUCAUACUAAUUUGUUUCAAAUAGGUUUCUAAGUCAUUAAAUUUUACUAUGUCUAUGAGGAUCUGUAGCUUAAAAUAAGCUUUGAACUUAUGAAGUAGCCAUGCUCUACUUCAGUGCUUUCCAAACUUUUCAUGUUGUUGGCGACACAUUUUAGGCACACAUCAUUGUUGGAAUCAGUCGGUCGGUUUUACCAGGUUACAGGGGAUUAAACUAAACCAUUUUAAGACAUACGUGCAAAAACAUCAAGUGUAAUAGGGCAAUGUAUGGAGGCGAGAAAUAUCUCAUGAAAAAAAAUUCUUUAAAAGUUUUGGCUGGAAUUUUGAAACCACUCUUCUACACUUCUACUUUAUGAACGCAUACAAAUCAUCUGUUAUUUCAGUUUAUUAUUUUUAUUGAGGAAGUGAAAUGUUCACCACACUUUUGACAAAAUUGGAUACAUUAUCAUAGGCUGGGAUUUUAACAUUUGGGAAGUAAGGAUGAUCAUUCUCCUGGAACAAUGUCCAAUGACCCACAAAUAGCGAGCCGUUAUCAUAUUUUAGUUUGCGCCCAGCUGUGUCGCAAUAGUCCAAAUUUUCUUAUUUCAGUUUCCAUUUCCAAAUGGUGUCUUCCAUAGCACAAAUUUGAUGUACCUCAGUUAUUUUCAUGUUUUCCUUGCAUGUUGGUGUUUAUUUCAUAAGAAUAUUAAAUCUUUAGCAAGAUAAUGAUAUCUCUGUUUUGCUUACAAAGUUUGUUUGAAUUAGAUCACAAAAUUUACUUUGCUUAUUUUCCUACAAAAUAUGUGAUCAUUAUUUCCCUCAAUUUGUGUACUGGACAAGCACCUGAACUGAGAACAAACGAAUUUGUGUGUGUAGUAGCAGCUUUUUCCAUUUAUUCACAAAUAUUUGUAAAAUAGUCUUGAUUGAAGAAAUCUUCUUAUGAUAUAAUUCACCAUUCACAUGAUUUUUGUCUAUAAAUUCUCAAUUUAUUUUUCAGUAUUAAAAAAAAAAGACUUUUAGAAUGCGUGAAUGUUGCUAUGACUUAUUUGCACGUGACAGACCACAGGCUCCUCACCACUGUGUGCCACACAGGGUUUGGAAAGCACUGCUCUUUUUAUUUAUGUUUGUUCACAAAACGAUUGUGUACUAAAAAUACUACUAUUUAAAUAUACUUCUCUAUUUGCUCUCCAUUAAUGUAAGAAAUUACUUUAAAAAAUUUCUCAGAACACAUCAAAAGUAAAUGAGAAGCGACCUGUUGAGAGCAAAGAGAAGGUAGACACAGAUAAAGAAAGUGGAGAAAAUGCAUCCAUGGAGAGAGAGAAUGUGACCGUAGAGGGAGAGAGAGUGCUCACAAUGACUGCUGAAAGGCCACCCGAGUCUACCAUCCAUACUCAGAUUGAGAACCUUCAUUUAGAUUUUUUGGUAAGUGCCAAGUUAAACCAAGGAAGAAAUAAUUGGUGUUAAAAAUGAUAAUGGAAUCCCAGCCACAUGAAAUAUCCACACCUGAGGGAUAAACAGAUUUAAUUUGGAAGUUACUGAAAUCCUGCUGUAGUCAGUUGUAGCUGCCUAUCUUGGCUGAAACAUUGUUCUGCACAAAAUAUGCUGUAAGGAACCCAAAAAAUGUUUGUUACCUGCUAAAAUAAACAAAAUAUAAAAAAAAAUGACAGAGCAUCAAGAAAGAAGCCAUGGUGGUAAUUUCAUGAACAUCUCACAUGAAUAGAGCUGAUGUCACUUUAGUUAUUGACUAUGUGAUCAGGGAUGGCACUUUUCCGUAUUAUCCUGGAAUUCCGUAUUCGUGAGGCUAAAUAUUUUUCAGUUUACCAGUUCAGUUUAUUCAAAUACGGAUUCUGGGUUUUAAAAAAAAAUAAAAAAAUGCGCGAAAGCCUAUUCAUUGAGAACGGGUUCGCUAUAAAUAGAACAGGUACUGCAGCAACAUCUCGCUUUUGUUUGCAAGCUUUUUGCUUUCGUUUGUAAUAAUUGCACAAGAAAUUAUUUCUACAGUGUAUGCAUUAAUGAGUUUCAUUAAGUUUCAGGGUUUGAAAAAUUUGGAAAUGAAGUUUCAGGUUUCAAGAAAUUUUUAGAAAGGGAUUUCAGGGUUCUCAGCUUUCAGUGAGUGGCACCCCACCCCGUAUGUGAUGGAAGAUAAAUGAUUCAUGGGGAGUAAGGGGAAAGUCUGUGUAAAGUUGAAAAUUAUUAAAUAGACCUGUCUUUUACUAUCAGUAGAAAUAGCAUCCCUUCUUUAAUAUCCCAAAUGUAAUACCUCAAGGGUCCACUGUUUCAGAACCAAGAUGUAGACAUUGAUGACUUGAGAAGAGAAUUAGAAGAAAAUGUUCAACUCUGGUCACAUCCUGAGGAGAUGGAAGCAGACGUGGUAUGUUGAUACUGUCUCAUAAAUCUAAGUACAAUGUACAUUGCAGUUUUUUGUCUAUUGCGUCAGCAUUCAAGUUUUGUCAACAACUAAGAAUGUCUGUGUCAUAAGAUAGUAACUGAUUUCUCUUCUUUUUGCUGCUCUAAGUUACAGCUGACCAUAUUUAAUCACCCCACACACAGAAGACAAUGGAUUAAAAAUAUUAAUUGCUCUGCUAUAUUUACUAUAUUCCGAAUUUAAAAAUAUCAGAAAUGUAUAUUUAAAUAGAUCAUUUUACCUUGAUUAUUGUAAUCACAGUAAUUCAACUCCUAUACAAAAAAUACAACCAAAAAAAAAAACAACUUAAAUCCAAUGUCUGUGUUCUUUGGCAGGUACAUGCUGCUAGUGAAGCUUGGCAGAAAUACCUAGCGAUCACAGGACCACUUUCACAGGAGUUGUGUGAACAGCUGAGACUUAUUUUAGAACCUUCACAGGCCACCAAGCUCAAGUAAGAAGUCACAGAAUAAUUAUUAUUAAAAACGUAUUCUGUGAUCAUUUGUCUUUUUUUCCUUUUUUUAUUUCAUGAGUAGUAGUUCUUGCAUAGAGUAGUGGUUCUUGCAUAGAGCAGUGGUUUCUCAACUUUUUCUAUUAUAGCUAGAUUUGUCCUCAAUUGUGUCUCAUUUUAUGAAAUGCAAUGCUCACACAGGGGAGAUUACAGAACAGGCAAGAGGCUGAACAUGAGGAAAGUUAUCCCAUACAUUGCAUCACAAUUCCGCAAGGACAAGAUCUGGCUGAGGAGAAGUAAACCCAGCAAGAGACAGUACCAAAUAAUGAUUGCAGUUGAUGACUCGGCCAGCAUGGCAGAUAAUCAUUCUAAACAGGUAAGUUACAUGCAUGGAAUAACCAAUUUGAAACUGUAUGGGCUGAACAAUAGAAUAUUAAAUAUGUUUGUAGUGUGUUGUGUGAAGAAUUUUUAACCAAAAAAAAUAUCUAGACCAAAAAGGAAAAUUUGUUUGCCAGAUCUAAAAAGAAAGAAUUAGUUAUACAUUUCUAAAGAACUUAAAAUUUGCAGCUGUUGUUGAGUUCACAAAUAUUUGUGUCUUUAUCUUUCAAAGCUUGCUUUUGAAUCACUGGCCCUUGUGUCCAAUGCCCUUACACUGCUGGAAUCUGGAGAGUUAGCAGUUUGCAGGUAAAUUUCACUUUAACCUCAUAGUUAACUGAAGGUAUUAUCUAUGUUUGUUUGUUUGUUUUUGUUUUGUUUUUUUAUAUUACAAGAUACCAGCAUGUUAUAGACAUUAAUUAAUACAUUUAUACAUGGUCUGUAUCUUCUCUGACAGCUUUGGAGAAGAAGUUCGGCUGCUGCACCCCUUCUCUGAGCCAUUCACUAACCAGUCUGGAGCCAGAAUAUUGCAGCAGUUGUCUUGUGAACAGAAACAGACCAAAUACGGAAUGGUAUGAGCUUGUAGAUGAUUUCAUGUUUAUUGUUAGAUGUAUGACCAUGGUGAAGCAAUCUUACAACCAAAAUUAGCCCUUCAUUGGUGUUAAUUAAAUAAAGAUUGCUACAUUACUUUAUGUCACGAUCCUCACUGGCUUCACUGAAUGGCACAGUGAGUUUGCACAGCAUUGACAUUUUUUUUCACAUUUUACCGUUUCUUAUUAUUGUCUAUUUCAGUCUUAGAGUAGUAAUGUUUUAUGGCAUUUGGUGUGCUAUAACAUUGGAGCAUCUUGUAAACUAAUACAUGUAUUAAAUCAAUACUAAGUGAGGAUGAAGCGUUGUGGGUCAUAUAAAGGAAGUAAGAAAAUAAAGGAUUUGAACGUCAUUCAAAUUAAACAGAGAUAUCCCAUGACCCUCAUCAGUAAUUGUUAACAAUGAAAUUAAGUAUAGACCAUUGUUGUAGACAGUAUUAAAUAUGAUACUUAUGAUAUAGUGAGUUAUGUUGCAGGCCAAAGAUUCACAAUUAUUUCCUUGAACUUAGCUUCUAGACAAAGCCAUGGCUCUAAUGCUGGAUGCUCGCAGCCGCCAGCCCUUUACAGUCAGCAAUGCAGAUACAGCUCAGUUACUGCUAGUAUUAUCUGAUGGCCAUGGCGUGUUUCGAGAAGGAAUGGAUUUUGUUAGAAGAGCAGUACGAAGGGCAAGGGCUUCAAGAAUAUUCCUUGUGUUUGUAAUAAUGGACAAUCCUGAAAAAAAGGUCAGUAGAUUCUAAGGUAAAUUCAUUGGAAAGAGCCAGAUUGGUAGAAACUAUAGAGCACACUAAGGGCCAGUUGGUAGAGAUAUUGCGCGCGAAGAUGACAAGGCUUUGACUUGAGUACUAGCCUUGACUUGAGUUAUAUUUUGUUUAAAGUGAGAGUUGCUCAAUUCGUCUACCUCUCCCUCUUGCCUAUUUGUUCUAAUGCCAGGACAUUGUCAAGACUGGAUAUAGACCAGGAUACAGCAGAUGACCAGCAGCGUUUCUUGUGUCUUAUUUUGCUCUUAUUUGUUCCACAUGGUGGUCGGAAAUUAUAGAACACACCAAGGGCCAGUUGGCAGAGAUUAUAAAAACAUUAUCAUUAGUUUGAUUUUUUAACAUAAUAUUAUGCAUAAUAUGUAGACAGGGAAUGAGGGUUGGGCAAUUUUGGAGAUUUUCUGGGGAGUGACAAAUUUCAGUAAGAUGACAAAUAUUGAUUUUUUUAAGACUGCAAACAGCUGUCACUUUUCUUUUGCAUUAUCUGUUAAUUGUUUUUAUAAAUAUUUAGAUGGCUUAAUUUCGCAUGUUUUACAAUUUCAUUCUAUACAAAUUUCAGGGUUCAAUUUUAGAUGCUCGUGUACCAUUAAUGGAUUCCACUGGGAAAGUAAGUUAUAGGAUUUUUAAAACUAGUCUAAUGGUGUUUAAAAUUUUUGUUAACACAAAGUAACUUUUAAAAAUUGAAAGUAAACAAGUACCACUUAGGCUAGAAAUUAUUCAAUUUAAUUGACAGAAACUGAAUUUUCUUAAGUGAAUUCUAUCUGGAGCUGAUAUAUUGACAGUAAAUUGCCUGGUUACUCCUCAGAUUCAAGAAAUCAAAUCCUACAUGGAGAUGUUCCCAUUUCCUUUUUAUAUCAUCUUAAGAGACAUUGGCUCCAUGCCACAGAUCCUCAGUGAUGCCUUGAGACAAUGGUUUGAAUUAGUCACUGCUUCAGACAGGUGACAAAAUCUUGGGGAUGAUUGAGAUUUGUUUGAAACACAUUCCCAUUCAUACACAAACAUUUCUUAACACUCCCAUUAGAUGUGGAGUUGUAGACUGCUUUAUUGAAUCAUGCACUGUGAUGAAUGUUUUCUUAUAACAUUCACUGAACUUAAUUUAAAACCAGAGAACAGCAAACAGCAAUGUGCAAUUAUUGAUAAACUGCAUUUAAUUUCUUGCUGUCUGAAAUAAUUGUUGUAAAGCUUCAUGAAAUGAC